CCUCGCCACCGAAUUUCCUCCAUUGUGCCUCUUUCCGGGAUUACGCUGACGAGGAAAGGAUGGCUCAGAAUAAUUAUUUCGGCUUUACUCACGGUGGCACGCAAUAUGGGGCAACUGGUGCUGCUGCUUAUCAGACAGGACAGGCUGGAUAUGCUGUAACACCUACAGCUACUGCUGCUACUUAUACUCAGAGACCAGCCGCAGCUGCCCCCCCUGGCUACGAGACAUACCAAGCCGCAGCAGCCGCUGCCACUGGAACAACUUAUGCUGGUUUUUUUUCCCCCGUAGCUGCUAAUCCAGGUACAGUAGCUCAAACGUACGACUACGGUUACGGUCGUGCUGCACCAGCAGCAACAUACGACGCGACAAAGACGUAUUAUCAGCAGCCAGCUGCUGCUGCUGCAACGUACACGACAACAGAGACACAUUAUCAAGCAGCAAAGCCUGCUUACAGCACGACAAACGCAUACACAGGGACAGCAAGACAAGCUACAACUACUGGACAAGCCAAGACUUAUCAGGCAUCCAGUACAGCUUAUCAGCAGUCCAAUCCUACCCAGAGUGCCACGUAUUCCUCAGGAUACACUGCACCUGCAGCACCCCCUGCUGCACCAGCUGCUGCUGCUAACAAACCAACGAGUACAACGUAUUCCGGCUAUGACGCAGCGCUUUAUAGCGCUGCGACAAUGUACGUAGCACAGCAAAGUGCAAACAGCAAUUCGACUAACCAGAAGACUGGAGGUUGGCAGGGCUACGGACGCAAGGGGUUUGCCCCUGGUGGAGGUGGAGGAGGUGGUGGUGGAGGUGGUGGCGGUGGUAUGAAGAGUAUGCGAGCCAAGCAGCCACCGAAGCCCCAACAAUUGCACUACUGCGAUGUCUGUAAGAUCAGUUGCGCUGGACCACAGACAUAUCGUGAGCAUCUCGAGGGACAGAAGCACAAGAAGAAAGAGGCAUCGCUCAAGGUGCCACAGCAGCCACCAGCACGUGGUGCUGGAAAUUCUCUGAGGUGUGAACUCUGCGAUGUUACCUGCACUGGUAAUGACGCCUAUGCUGCACACAUUCGUGGUGCUAAACACCAGAAGGUUGUUAAGCUGCACACGAAACUGGGAAAACCCAUUCCCAGUGCUGAUCCCACUGUUCUCAAUCCCAAACCUGCUGCUGCUGCCAAGGCUGCUGGAGCUGCCAAGAAACCAACUGUAACAGCAACUCCCAAAAUCAAUUUUGUCGCUUCUGGAAACCUGGGUUCAGUGGCUGUUAAUCAGUCUCAGCCCCCAGAUCCAAAACCAGAGGAGGCAGCCCAGGAGGAGGCCUCAGAGGAAUCCCCAGUCGACGAGAAUGAUAUCCAGCCAGUCGGUCAGGAAUACAUAGAGGAGAAUAAAUCCGAGGACGGUAAAAUAAUAAGUUUCAACUGCAAACUCUGCGAGUGUCGGUUCAACGAUCCGAAUGCCAAGGACAUGCACAUGAAGGGUCGUCGCCACAGGUUGGCGUACAAGAAAAAAGUCAAUCCAGAUCUGGUGGUGGAUAUGAAACCGAGCCUGAAGCAACGAAAGAUGCAGGAGGAGAAGCACAGGAGGCAGCAGGCGCGCGAGGAAUUUUCCCGACGUCGCGAGGACAUGGGACAAAUGGGACAGAUGGGGCCAAUGGGUCCCAUGGGACCACUCGUCGACGAGGAGAUGAUGUACUGGGAGGAGAGACGAAGGUACGAGGAGGAGUGCGAGUACUAUGAGUGGUACAGACGUUAUGGUAGAGGACCUGGUGCACCACCGAUGCCACGGCCUUUCCCAGGACCACCACCUAUGAUGAUGUUCCCAGGCCCCCAACGACGUCCUGACUCGUCAGACGAUAAACACGUCGCUGCUCAUCACUCCACUAUUUAUCCCAAGGAGGAGGAACUGCAGGCAGUUCAAAAAAUUGUUUCACACACUGAAAAAGCCCUGAAAUUUGUAUCUGAUGCAUUGGCUGAGGCAACGAAAAAGACUACAUCACCGUCGGCUACGCCAACACCAGCACCACCAGCUCCUGUUACCAAUGCUGAGGGGAAAAAGGAGGAGGUUACUGAUAAGAAAAAACCAGCAACACCACCCCAGAAGGAGGAUGGAAGCGAUGGGAAUUUAUUCUCAUUUCACAAGGAGAAGGAGGACACGAGGAUUCUCAGGGGUGUCAUGAGGGUUGGCAAUCUUGCUAAGGGAUUGUUACUCUCUGGGGACAAUCACGUUUGUCUCGUUGUUCUGUGCCUUGAGAAACCAACCAAGACUCUGCUUAAUAAGGUUGCUGAGAUUCUUCCUGCUCAGCUCAAGAUUGUUGCACCUGAGGACACGUAUAAUGUUGGAAAACAUCCGGAGUCAGCUGCUAUCACGGUCUCUGGGGGAAGUGUCACUGUCAGUGUCACUUUGACAAGUCCUCUCAUGAGAGAGACACCAAAACCAGCUGGUGCAGAUAAUGCUGGACAGCAGCAACAGGGAGCUGCUCAACCGCAAACAACGCCCGCGACGCCCGCAGUGACCAAACCAGACCCACCAGAUGUACUACCCAAGGCUAAGUGUUUGGAGGCUUUAGCUGCACUCAGGCAUGCCAAGUGGUUUCAGGCUAGGGCUACUUCACUCCAGAGCUGUGUUAUGGUUAUUCGUAUUAUGCGAGAUCUUUGCAAUCGUGUACCUACGUGGGCACCUCUCAAUGCCUGGGCGCUUGAGCUGUUGACUGAGAAAGUAAUUAGCACUGCGGGAUGCCCCCUGUGCCUCGGGGAAGCACUGAGACGUCUCCUGGAGUGCGUUGCAGGAGGGAUUCUCCUUCCUGGAGGUCCAGGACUGGCUGAUCCCUGUGAGAAGGAGCCUGUGGAUGCCAUUGGUGGAAUGACAGCUCAGCAACGAGAGGACAUAACGGCAUCAGCUCAGCAUGCCCUCCGUUUAGUCGCGUUUAGACAGAUUCAUAAGGUUUUGGGAAUGGAGCAGCUGCCACCACCAAAACACAAAGCUCGUUUCACACGAAAACGCAGACGUGACAACAGCAAUGGCGAGGGGACAGACAGUGAGGCAUCGAAGAAGGAUAAAAAAGCUGAGGAGACUAAGGCAGAGAUCAAGAUGGAGACGGACUCCAAGUAAAUAUUAAUGUGAAGAUAAUAUUUGAAUACUUGUAGGCGUGUCGAGCAUCAAUAAUUCAUGGAAAAUCAUACAUUGAUUGUCACCAAAACCAUUAUUUAUAUUAUCGGGGAGAUAACAAUUGUGAAUCAAUUAAAAUAGGUUAUUAAGGACUAUUUCGGUGGAAAUUUUAUGAUUAUUCCAUCAGGGAGUUGUGGGGGAAUGAGUGAGUGGGGGGAAAUUAGAGAUAAGGAGACGUCAACGAAAGUGAAAUGAUUAUCGAAUUUAUUCAUUAGAGAAAUCAGGUUUUCAAGUAAAUUCUAUUUCAUUUAGUAAUUCGUACCAUUUGUUCUCUUACGUUAGCUUUUGUCGAUAACUUUUUAGUUUAUUUGGGAGUGAAGUAAAAAAAGUGGAAAACUUAAAUUGGCACUUGGAAAACUUGCGUUUAUCUAAGAAAUUAGGGGCUCGGGAGAAAAUUGUCAUAGGAAAAAAUUGUGGAGGAUUGAAUUUCAGACGUAACUUUCCUCUGCUGUUUUUCUCUAGGAGAAUUUGUUGACGAGAUAAUUGAAAAGUUUAUGUGCUGCGAGUUUUCAUUUUUUUCUAAGGGUUUUUCAAGUUUGCUACUGAAUUUCGAAGAUAACUCGAGGCCGGGCGGUUUUACACGAAAAUGUCAAAACAAUUUUACGUGGGGAAUUAAUUUUUCCAUAGAUAAUGUUUGUUGACUUUUUUCUCUAAGGCUGAUCGUUACCGAGAUUAUUCGGUUAUUAUAGACACGUCAUGUCACGAUUGAAUUUCCCUUGGCCUUCCCCAGCAAUAUGACAAUUAAAUUUUUUAUUCUCAAUGAAUAUUCAAUGAAUAGAAGUCAAUGAUGUGUGAACGCGACUUAUUACUGAUUGAUUGAACUCGAGAGAUUCGGGAAAUAAAAUAGUUAGAAUUUAAUUUUUACGAAUUAAGAUUGUAGGGUAGUUUGUAUUUCGCGACUCGAUGUGUAUGUUGUGUGUGUAGUCGUAAUGGAACAUAUGGAGUGAAGAAAUAUGAGGAUAUAUUAGCAUUUGUGAGCUGCUGACAAUUUUUCUGUGUCAUUUUCCCUCCCCUCUCCACCGAGACAUUACGAAAUUAUGAAUGUAAUUAUCCACUGACCAUUUUUCGCUAAUUCAUUUAUUUCAGUAGAACAUCAUUUUGCAGAUCAUUGAUUUAAUCCACUGACCUUUAUAGCACUGCUGAUGUACUCUGAAUAUUAUCAAAAUUAUCAAUAAACCAAAUCUCAACUGAAUCGA